ACUCAUAUAUAUCUCCCAAGCUGAAAAACUCUCUUCUUAUUAUCAAUAUUCUCUCUCAUUUCAAUUCCAAACUCUUAGCUCAUCAUGGGUGUUUUUACUUAUGAAGCCGAGACAACCUCAGUUAUCCCUCCGGCUAAGCUGUUCAAGGCCUUUGUCCUAGAUGGUGACAACCUCAUCCCAAAGGUUGCACCACAGGCCAUUAAGAGCAUUGAAAUCACUGAAGGAAAUGGAGGGCCCGGAACCAUUAAGAAGAUCAACUUCGAUGAAGGCAGCCAAUUCAAAUACGUGAAGCACAAGGUUGAGGAAAUUGACCACGCAAACUUUACAUAUAGCUACAGUGUGAUUGAAGGUGAUGCUUUGUCGGACAUACUGGAGAAAAUCAAUUACGAGAUCAAGAUAGUAGCAUCCCCUGAUGGGGGAUCUAUCUUGAAGAGCAUUAGCAAGUAUCACACCAAAGGAGACCAUGAGAUAAAGGAAGAGCAAAUUAAGGCUGGCAAAGAAAAGUCCUCGGGACUUUUCAAAGCUGUUGAGGGCUACCUCUUGGCACACCCUGAUGAGUACUAGGGCUUGUCUGGUUAUAUUUGCUUGUUUAAUUUCCGUCAUCACAAGUUAAGGUUGUGACUCUAUCAAGUUGUUUUGUGUGUAGCCAUAUAGUUUUGGCUUGCUAAUAAAGGAGUUUGCGGUUCAUGUGAUCGAUUGUAUGGUACGGUUCUUUGUAAUGUUCUACUUUGAAAGAGAAAAGUGAAUGUUGUAACAAUUCCAAUACAUGUAUACAUAUAUGUAUAAUGAAAUCAUCUUAUUUGUUGUUUCAA